AAAAAUUAUGCCAGGGUCUGUAAAAAAAAUAACUGAAAACAACAACAAAAAAAUGUACAUGAAAUGAAUUUACAUAACAACAAAUUUGCUUCACAAUGUCUACCAGAAAAGCAAUUUUUGUACUUUUUGCAAAUAUUUAUGAAUGUAACAAAUUUAAAACAUCAUUAGUUGUUCUCAAUUUAUGAAUGAACAUUUCCCAGACAGAUAUGGAGAUUUCUGUAGCCGUCAACUGUCCUGUUGUUAGUAUGAGAAGAUUAAAAUAAGACUAGGUGCUACUCAGACAUAAAAUCUAAAUAAAUUUGAUAAAACAACUACCGAGUUACACAGUACACUCACAUCUGACCAUUUUCCAGAGUACCAGCAGUUGUAAAAACCUGCUGCAAAGUUUACAAAAUAAGUAUACACAAGAAAUACAGUAGGUCGUUCCAAAUGUUAUAGCUGUUGUCCACCGUGAAGUUCUCUUCAAACAGUUUCAGCUUCGGUCAUAGUCAAUACAGAGUUUGGAGAUUUGUCCACUCAAUCAGCUGUUCAGCAAAGUAUUUUUACUGAUACAUUCAGAUACAUUUUGAGAUCCAGUCAGGCUCGAUUCUGUCGACUGUAAAUCCUUUUUACCUCAGGUGUUACCAUGUUUAUACUUAAGCUUUAAUACCAAAAGGGUUUGUUUUUACUUAAGCUUUAAUACCAAAAGGGUUUGUUUUUAUGGGCUGCUGUAGGUAUGUCAUGGACCCUCAGUUUAACCUUCAAACAUGUUGCCAUGAUUGUACUGUCUCUUUAAGAGACCCGGAAACGGUUUCCCCUUGUUUGUUCAGUGGUUGCGCAUUCCAAACAGGCCGAGUUCCCUCUCGGAGAUGAUUUCCCACCCCAUUAUUUGGGCUGUUCGUAGCAUUGUGAGGUCCUUGCGACACCGGUCUGUCUAUAAAGGUGCUCUGAAGGCCUCGAAUAUCAGCGGUUGGCGUUGGUUUUCUACCCCGAUUCGUGUCGGUGUCACAGAAAUGGAAGAGAUACUGGCGAGGGUCGUUGCACCUUUACCCGCAUACGAAACCAGAGAAAAGUCUCCCCCUGUUCCUGAUUCAAACAGCCUGGAGUUAAUGCGCUUCUACAGAAGUCUCGACAAGGAAAACAAAGUUGGCUUCCUGACAAAGCUGUCGCAAGACUUCGGAGUAGACCACAAAAGUGUCUCAGAGCUAGCUGUGAAGUUGUUGGACAAUCAGCUACGGGACUUGGCGACUGUUUUGCAAGUGGAAGACAGGCUUCGGUACAGCUUGACUCCACGUUAUAAACAGUUACUUAAUCAUAUAAGCAGGGUCGAGAGUGGAGUGAAGUUCCUUGUGGAUCUCCGAUCCGAUGUGCUUGAAAUAAUCUCAGCCAAAGCUAUAGAGAGCCCGAACAUAAGGGAGCUGAACAGCAUGCUGAAAAGCUUGCUGUCUGAGUGGUUCUCUGUAGGUCUGCUCCAGCUGGAGAGAAUCACCUGGCAGUCCCCCUGUGAGAUCCUGCAGAAGAUCAGCCAGUAUGAGGCAGUGCACCCAAUAAGAAACUGGACUGACCUGAAGCGCAGAGUGGGACCAUACCGCCGUUGUUAUGCCUUCACGCAUGCCGCCAUGCCAGGAGAACCCCUGGUCGUACUACACGUGGCCCUGACUGAAGAAAUUUCUGAUAACAUUCAGAGCAUUGUCCGUGAGUUUGCCACUCUUGAAUCUGAAGAGGAUGUGAAUAAGAUAAAUGCAGCUGUCUUUUACUCCAUUUCCUCCACCCAGGCUGGCCUACAAGGGGUGGAGCUGGGCAACUACCUGAUCAAAAGGGUGGUAAGAGAACUGCAGAGUGAGUUCCCUCACAUGACCCAGUUUUCCAGCUUGUCACCCAUCCCAGGCUUCUCCUCCUGGCUCCAAGGCCUCCUCAGCCAGUACAGGAAGGAGGGACGGGGCUCCGACCUCCUCUCUGAGCAGGAGUGGAAGGCAGUGGAACAGGCCACAAAGUCAUCCCCAGAAACCCUGGCUCUAGACGCCCUCCGCAAGCUAACUAGCACCAGUGAGUGGAUGCACUCAGAACGUCUAUCCCAUGUCCUGGAGCCUGUUCUGAUGCGUCUCUGUGCCUGGUACCUCUAUGGGGAAAAAAGGCGAGGCUACGCUCUCAACCCAGUGGCCAACUUCCACCUGCAAAAUGGCGCCACCAUGUGGCGGCUCAACUGGCAUGCUGACACCAGCCCCAGGGGUGUGGCAAACUCCUGUGGCAUCAUGGUGAACUAUCGUUACUUCCUGAAUGACACGUCUAAUAACAGUGCUCGUUACCUGCAGAAUAAGGUCAUCUCAGCAUCAGAGCAGGUGCUGGGGCUGGUGUCCCAGUUUCAGAAGAACAGCAAACUGUGAGAAAGACACAAGGAGACACCCAUGAAAUACAUAUUCCUUUGCCCUGCAGGUUAGAUUGCACUUGAUAUUGUUUAUAUAUUGACUGAACAUGAACUUUAUUUUGUUUAAUUUGUGUAAACAGAUCCAAAAGCCCCAGUGAAUGGGCAUCAGCUGAUAGUGUUUUUGAAUUGAAAUUAGACCAUUUCUCACAAGAUGUGUCUCAUCCCAUCUGCUGUAUGUAGUGCAUAGGUUAGGAUUUUUCCCUCACUGGGUUUCUGGUUGUUGAUAUUAAGUGUUUCCUUGGCUGAGAAACUGUAGCUAUUGUAAUCAGAGAUGUUUAUAUUAUUUCAUUUGGCCAAACUGUCUCACUGCAAUCAUGUUGAUGAAUGGGAGAGUCUUGUUGUGUCAUGUUUGAAUUUAAUUGCUGUUAACUAUUUAGUUCCAGUAAAGCACAAUAUACAAAGACAUAAAAUUAUAGACUGGAAACAUUAUUUCCUGUUUAUUAACUCUAAACAAAACUGGAUUUUUUUUUCUGCCAUCUACCGUGUCAUGACUGCUUUUAUUUUAUAGUCGACUAUGCUCACUCUGAUGCACUUUUUCUCUACACACACAUAACCAGCCUCUCCAGAGAGCAAUCACUGAUGUUCUAAAUGCUCUGUAUAGGUGCCAAACAGUGCUCAUAUCAGCCUACACCCUAUUGUUGUGAAAUAAUAUAUCACAGCAAGUUGACUGUGAAAUUAUAUUGUGUCUCUCCAAGGAACCAAACUUUCUUCUCAUUUUUUUCACACUCUUUACUCCCCCCACCUCACUUUUCUCUGCCUGUGCCACUCUGUGUCCUAGAAACUAAUGAAGUGAGAAAUAAAGUUAAAGUAAAUGGCUAGAUUGAUGGUAUUCAGUUGUUGAGAAGACGGGGGAGGAGAAUAAAGAAGCACAAAAAGGACAGUUGUUUAAAGGAUGCCCUUGAGAGAGAGAGUGAGUGUCUCUGGAGAUACUGGAGACUAGAAGAGACCCAUACCGCUCGGUGCACUGAUAUGUGUGUAGAUACGAAAAAGAGCCACACUGUUAUGCCAUCUGACAAUAGAAGGAGAAUGCACACUGUGGUAUAGGUUGCCAUAGAAACACCAAUGACAUACUCCACACCUGCUGCUGGCGACUAGGGCUCGUUUUGAGUCACCUUUGCUCAGCGAUGCUCGGUGGUAGUGACCACAAGUGCAUUUUAGCUUAAAAGGCCAGUAUUUUUCAAUUAUGAACUCUUUAAUAUAUGUAUACAGUUAAUGUAAUAACUUUUUAAAGUAGUCUGUCAGGUAUUUCCCAUAAGACUGAGAAGAGAAAUUGCUCACAUGGCAAGCAGUUACAGCACUGAACUCUGAUUUAUGGACACACUGGGCCUGCUAAAUGAAAUGAUACAAAACUCAGUGGAGGCUUUUCAGAGGAUGAGUCAAUCACUGCUGCACACUGCAUUAUCUGAUGGGAAGGGUUUUAAUUGUUUAGAUGAUGGUCCACGUUUCAUGUGUUAAAUGGAGCUAAUUUGAAAAUGGCUGCUCAAAUGAAUGCAAAUCUCUGAAUUUUUAAUUGCCUGAAAUAUCACUGAAACAAAGACAGCUUCUGAUAUUUUUAAACAUUCUUGAUCAAAUGACAGUAAAAUUGGAUUGCUAGGUUUCUGCAGGCAAAAAUGUAGCGACAAGUAUUCUGAUCACUGACAAUUUCCACAAUGGCUCAGUGUGCACUUAGACUUGUCUUCAUUUGUGUCUAAUCAGAUGGCAGUUUUGUCACAUUUCCAGCCCUGCACAUGUUGAUAAUGGAUUCACAGCCAAGUUCAAUAUUGUACUGCUCUGUUCUCUGACAUGUCUUGGAGCUAAUACUUUCAAAAAGGCAGCAGAAGACCUAAUUACAAUUGAUUAGAAACUGUCUGCUGAGGAAAUUCAUGCCUCAU